AUGGAAAAACUAGCACCAAUCCCCAAACCACCAUCCCACCAUCUUACAAAUCCACAUAUUCACCCCAACCACCACCCGAGCAUGUCAUCAGUAAAGGCCAAAAUCAAAUCUUUUUUUGCACCAAACAGACAAUACGCCGUAGCAGGCGCAUCAGCCAACCCGUCCAAGUUCGGCUACAAGAUCCUCAACUGGUACCUUGCGCACCGCUUGCCCGUUAUACCAAUUAACCCCAGAGAGGAAGAAAUCCUAGGCCAGAAAGUCGUCGCAGACGUCAAGAGCGUCCUCCAUGCGAUCGAGCUGCAUCGGGAUUUGCUCACGUACAAGACUUCGGCGGCCGACGGCUUGAGCAUAUCCUUUUUGACGCCGCCUCCCGUUACCCUCUCGACGUUGCGUGAGAUUGGCGCGGUUGAUGGGUACAAGGAUGUGAUCAAGGGGUUGUGGUUCCAGCCUGGCUCGUAUGAUCAGGCGGUGUUGGAUUUGGCGGCGGAGUUGGGCGAGUUUGAGAAGGUUAUUGAGGAGGAUGAGUGUAUUUUGGUGAGGGGCGAAGAAGGGCUCAUCAGUGCCAAUUUGUAA